AGUUCAGCGUCGCGCGCGGGAAAAAAAGGGAGUGAAAGGCAGAAGAAGAAGCCGAAGAAGCAGCCGCGGUCGCUUAACUGCCGAGCGGAAGAAGGACGCUGCGGUCGAUCGGCGUGGCGCGAGUUCGAGUCCCACCCGUCCGCAACAGCCACCGGCAGGCGGCGGCCCGGAGACCUCGCUCUCGCUUGGCUCUUGCGGACCACCGCCUCUCCCUUCCUGCUCUUAGUGCCGGCGAGGAUCUUUUGGGCAAACUGGGAUCCUUCCCCAACCCGCGUCUCCUCCGAUGGAGAACUUCCAGAAAGUGGAGAAGAUCGGGGAAGGCACCUACGGCGUGGUCUAUAAAGCCAAGAACAAAGUCACCGGCGAGGUGGUCGCGCUGAAAAAAAUCCGCCUGGACACGGAGACAGAAGGAGUUCCCAGUACUGCCAUCCGAGAGAUUUCACUCUUAAAGGAAUUGAACCAUCCCAACAUAGUCAAAUUGUUGGAUGUGAUCCACACUGAGAAUAAACUCUAUUUGGUCUUUGAGUUCUUACAUCAAGAUCUAAAGAAAUUCAUGGAUUCUUCCACUUCCAUCAGUGGUGUAGAGCUACCCCUUAUCAAGAGCUAUCUGUUCCAGCUGCUGCAGGGCCUGGCCUUUUGCCAUUCCCAUCGUGUCCUCCACCGAGAUCUGAAGCCACAGAACCUCCUCAUCAACGCAGAAGGAGCAAUAAAACUUGCUGACUUUGGGCUUGCACGUGCAUUUGGUGUGCCAGUGAGAACCUACACGCAUGAGGUGGUGACUCUUUGGUAUCGAGCUCCAGAGAUUCUCCUUGGCUGCAAAUACUACUCAACAGCAGUGGAUAUAUGGAGCCUUGGAUGCAUCUUUGCAGAGAUGUUAACCCGUAGAGCUCUCUUCCCUGGAGACUCAGAAAUCGACCAACUAUUUCGCAUCUUCCGCACACUGGGCACCCCGGAUGAGAUCGUGUGGCCGGGAGUCACUUCUAUGCCUGACUAUAAAUCCAGUUUUCCCAAGUGGGCCCGGCAGGACUUUAGCAAAGUAGUACCACCAUUGGAUGAAGAAGGCAGAAAACUUCUAGCACUAAUGCUGCAUUAUGAUCCCAACAAGAGAAUCUCAGCCAAGACUGCUCUCAAUCAUCCCUUCUUUCGAGAUGUCACAAAAGCUUUGCCACACCUCCGCUUGUGAAAUGGAAAAGAAGCCACACAGAGUUGCCGCAGUGCAAACUCUGCAACAUGUCUUUUCCUCCGGCAGCCUUUGGUUGUUUGCACUUAACUUUUCAACUUAACCCCGCAGAGAACACUGGUGGUCCAAUUGAGGCACAGCCUACACGUUUAGGAUUUUAUUCCUGAACUCACCUUUAAAGCACUAAGCUGAGCUUGAGGAUUCUCUGGUUCCAAGCUGCCUUGUGAAGAGAGAAGGGUCUCCAAAGCUACCAGCUCCAAGGAUUCAACUUGCUUGAGAAGCACCCCUUUCAUUCUUCACGUGUUUUAUCUCACCACCCCCACCCCAAAUGAGUUCCAUGCCUUCCUUCUUGGUGACUUCUUCAAAAUAAGGCAUUCUGUAUUGGCUUACUCUCCAGCUCUUGACGUCUUGGGAACAAGUACAGUGUAGACACUUCUCUUUCCUUCAGGUGUAGAAGGGACUUUUAUGAGAGGGCUAAGGGACUUUGGCAACAUCUUUAACGGCGUUUUCAUCAGUGAUGUUGGUCAGUUUAACCCACUAAUUAAAACAACCCCGGAGAGAGGCGAUUGCUGAAGCUGGUGGUACAGUAUGCCUUGUUAAUUAUUUAAACGCUGGCUGCAUCACUAAGGUCUUUUUGACAACUGAUAUGCAGAGUAAUCUUUAUCCACCCAGUAUUGUAUUAUAUCCCUGUUUCCUUAUUCUGUGUCACUGAAUUUGCAGCCAAUUAAUGCCUUAUGUUUGGCAAUUAUGGAUUGUCAUUCCAAUACUGUCCUACAGUCAGGAAAGUUUCAAAUGUCAGUUCUGAUGGGUUGGCCUUACAUCCCUGGCUUUAAGUAACGUAUCUUGCAAAUAUGGAUGCUUAAAUUAUACGUGAGCUUUGAAAUGCAUAUCUAAUUAUUGUCUCCUAUAAUCUUCAGCCAUACAUCUCAAGCCAAAUAUAAGUCUUAAACUCAGCUAGAGAAUUCACAUCAGCAAACUUUUCUGGCGAGGUCUGAGGAGCCGGAAAUACCAAUGUCUACAUCUUUGUUUCACCCUGUUUUGGAGGGAACUGGAUUGUUCAAGUUAACAUCAGUUGAAUGUCAUCUAAGUUCUGAUUUAAAAAAAAAUAAUAGUCUGAACUAAAAAUCAUGAUUGGUUUCUGGUGAAUGCCAUGUGGAGAUGAAGUAUUAUAAAAGUUUCAUAUUGAGAAAUUUUAAAGACCAUUUAGAUUUGCUAAAUAGUAGAACGCUUUCCUGUAGAAUUCAGGAUUUUAUUUCAAAAUAAGGCAAUGUGAAGUACCUAAAGCCUGUCUCUAGCAUGCAGCAAUAACUUAAAUCUGAUUUUGAAAUAACUCCAACUUGCACACUUAACUCGAUCAGUUGUAUGAUACGCCUUAAAUAUGAGGCUUCACAGUAAAGCUAUGUGGUAUUUGUUUUUCUGAAAGGCUUAUUUUUUUUAUCAAAAGCAUGUAUGCUAGGGUAAUGCUCAAUUGUAGAAAUGAAACAUGUAUUUUAAGAUGGCGAGGACUGUACUUUCCUCAAUGUGGGGAAACUUCUCAUUCAUCCUAAGUCAUAAUUCUUACUGUCUUCACUCAGAUGAAAAAAAAACAAACAUUGUUUCAGAUAUGGAGACUUUUCUGAAAGUUGGUUAUUUCAGGACCUCUUGAAUUAAACUGGACAUUCUUACAUGACGUUGCUUAGUGUAAUAAUACAGAAAUACCAAGAUGUUAUUCGUGCCACUAUUCACAAGCAGUAUUUGGAACCAUGGUAUUCUUUCCCUUCAUUUUUGGACUGGAAAUAUAUAUAUAUUUAUACAGCUAUUCAUUUUAAAAAAGAUUUCUGGAUUUGUUAGU